AUGGGCGGUUUCAGUCAACUUUCCGAGUCGUCAAAGACAAAUCCAUUCUCUCUUCCAGUCAGAUCUGCUAGCUGUCAAUCAGCCGCCGCAGUUCGUAAGUUUAUUUUCAAUCAUACUAAAUAUACCCCCAAAAGAUUUUAUCUCGUAAAGCUUCUUCUUAGAACUCGUUUUCCGUGUUGAAAAAAAAUUAGCUGUGUUGGAUUUAGAGUUAUGAUACAUUGAACGUUCAUUUACGAAAGGAAAAGAUAAUUUCACCUAUUUCCUAAUUACGGUAAAUAAUACUCAUGAAAACAACACGUAAAAGUUGAACUAGGCGUGUUUCAAUCAACUGUUGUUUUGUUUUCAAUGUGUUUUUUCAAUCAAACUUUCUAAUACCCGGCUUUUUGAAAAACGAUUACAUUUUUGUGAUGAAAACAAAUCUUCGGUAAAAAGCUAUUCAAUUUUGUGAAGUUUUUUUUCGAAUUUUCAGAUAAAAAAAACAGUUAAUCAAUCUAAUUGAGUUUUUUUCCAAAUGGAUUAAGUUAUACUUGUUAUCAGUCAUACUUCUCAUAAAAUCUUGAUUAUUAUUGUUUCAUGAAUCCGAAUAAGUAAUUUUCAAAGUAUGUACUUUUACCUUUAUAAUUCUUCUGAUCAAACAGCCGUCAUUUUUUCUUCAAAAAAAUAGAUGUUUGCACGCUCUCUCGUUCAUAGCGAUGCAUGUGAAAACCAUGCAAACAGAGAAAGAAGAAAGAGAACAAGGGUAGAGAAUUUAAAAAUGAGAUAACGACGGCUAGAGAAAAGAACGGAACGUGGCAAACGUUUCAAGGUCUAACGUAUUUAUUUUCCUAUUAUGCGAGCUUUUCAUUUCUAAAAAUUUAUGUCCAAAAUUCAUUCACGAGUCGCUUAUCGGAAAUUAUCAAUGACAUCAGAGACAGAAGAAAAAUUUCUUCCCUAUUUUGCAUAUGCAAAAAAUCCUCAUAGAAGUAAUGGUAGACUAGGAAUAGUUUUUAUUCUGACCAUGUGGAUACUACUUUAUUUCUGGGGUGUGACACAGCUUGUUGAUGGAAUUAUGGAAUGGCUUUCCUAUAGAUCCACAGAUUAUAUUGCCAAAAUGGCUGUAGGUGUUGCUACUACAGCUGUUUCAGUACACGAAGGUUGAUAAAGUGUUUUUUUUUUCAAUUCAAUCUUGAAAUUUUCAGCAGGACAAGUUCAAUUCGGAUCUGGACAAUACUACGCUUAUUGUGCUCUCGGAGGAGUUCUCUCCUGCGGAAUUACCCACACCGCCAUCGUCCCACUCGAUCUCAUCAAAUGCAGAAUUCAGGUCAACCCAGAAAAAUACAAGGGUAUCUUCUCUGGAUUCCGUACCACAGUCGCCGAAGAAGGAGUUCGUGCUCUUGCCAAAGGAUGGGCCCCAACCGCCAUCGGAUAUUCCCUCCAAGGACUCGGAAAAUUCGGAUUCUACGAGGUCUUCAAGAACGUCUACUCUGACUUGCUUGGAGAAGAAAACGCAUACUUGUACAGAACAUCUUUGUACUUGGCUGCUUCAGCUUCAGCUGAGUUCUUCGCCGAUAUCCUCCUCGCACCAAUGGAAGCCACCAAGGUCCGUGUCCAAACCGCUCCAGGAGCCCCACCAACCCUCAGAGGAUGUGCCCCACAAAUCUACGCCGCUGAAGGACUCACCGGAUUCUACAAGGGACUUCCACCACUCUGGAUGAGACAAAUCCCAUACACCAUGAUGAAAUUCGCCUGUUUCGAGAAGACCGUCGAAGCUCUCUACCAAUAUGUUGUUCCAAAACCAAGAGCCGAAUGCUCAAAGGGAGAACAACUUGUUGUUACCUUCAUUGCUGGAUACAUUGCUGGAGUCUUCUGCGCUGUUGUUUCUCACCCAGCUGAUACUCUCGUCUCCAAAUUGAACCAAGAUUCUCAAGCCACCGUCGGAGGAAUCAUCAAGAAACUCGGAUUCGCAGGAUUGUGGAAGGGACUUGUUCCACGUAUUAUUAUGAUCGGUACCCUCACUGCUCUUCAAUGGUUCAUCUACGAUUCCGUUAAAGUGAGUUUUCUUCUCUUCAAAUGGGAUACGAAAUAUAUAAAUAAUUAAUAUUUUCCAGGUCGCUCUUAACCUUCCACGUCCACCACCACCAGAGAUGCCAGCCUCAUUGAAAGCCAAACUCGAAGCCUCCCACUAA